CUGCAGAAUCCCGGAAAUUCUUGGCACGCUGGCUUCCCAUGGGGGCUUGGCGGGCUUCCCAGGGGCCUCUGCCAGGCCAGCUGUGAACCAGGUGGGGCUUUUUGUGCUCUUCCUGCUGGGAAAGGUGCUGGCUGCCUACAGCAGGGUCAGGAGACCUGCGGUGCUGCUGAUUGCUGGCCUGGCCUGGACCGUGCUGGAGACUACAACUGCCAGUGAGUGGAGCUGUGCAAAGCCUGCGGAGAUUGAACAUGGCUACGUGGAGCACCUGAUCAAGUACCGCUGCAACCCGUACUACCAGCUGCGCGGCGGCUCUGGUGAUGGCAUGUACAAGUGCAGCGAGGAUCACGGGUGGGUGAGCCUUGAAGCUGGCAAGGAGGUGCCCGUCUGUGAGCCAGUGUGCGGGAAGCCGAAGAACCCCCCCGGGCAGAUGCAGCGCAUCAUUGGGGGCCUGCUGGCUAGGAAGGGCAGCUUCCCCUGGCAGGACCUGAACCACAGUGAGGACACAAAGCCGGAGGAGAUCGCCCCUACUCUGCAGCUCUUCCUGGGCGGCCGGGAGCAGCCGGCCUUGGGUGUUGAGCGCGUGGUGCUGCACCCCGGCUACCCGGAGGCCGUGGACCUGGCCCUGCUGAAGCUCAAGCAGAAGGUGCUUCUCGGAGAGGAGGUGAUGCCCAUCUGCCUACCCCGGAAGGACUACGUGCAGCCAGGGCGGGUGGGCUAUGUCUCGGGCUGGGGCCGCGGUGCCACCUUUGCCUUUCCAGACACGAUGAAGUACGUGAUGCUGCCGGUGGCAGAGGGCGAGCGGUGCCGGCAGUACUACCGGGCGCGGAACGCGUCCUACUGGGUCCAGCCCGUCCUGAGCAACGACACGUUCUGCGUGGGCAUGAGCGAGCUGCGGGAGGACACGUGCUACGGGGAUGCCGGCGGCGCCUUCGCCGUGCGGGACCCGGACGACGACAGCUGGUACGCGGCGGGCAUC